GGAGAAAGAAGCCAGCAUAUUUCAAAGAUCACUCAGCCAUAACACACCUUUGCUGGGGCGGGAUAAAAAGUGUUCGCUGCACAUUUUUAGAAGAAGAAAACAUCAGGGGGAAAAGAGAGGGGGGCCAUCUAAAGCAGUUCUCCAUUCCUUCAGGAAAGCAAUCCAGGUGGCUAUGACAUGGAUGGAACCAAGAAAGGCCGGAGAGAAGGCUCUGAAGUCACAGAAAGAGUUAUCACUGAAACAGUAACCACAAGACUUACAUCUUUGCCACCAAAAGGAGGAACCAGCAAUGGAUAUGCUAAAACGUCAUCUCUCACUGGAGGAAGUAGGCUGGAAAAGCAGAGUUUAACCCAUGGCAGCAGUGGCUAUAUAAAUUCUACUGGAAGUUUAAGAGGGAAUGCUUCUACAUCCAGCUAUAGGAGGGCUCAGUCUCCUGCCUCUACACUCCCAAAUUCACCAGGCUCAACCUUUGAAAGGAAAAGUCAUGUCACCCGCCAUGCAACAUAUGAAGGGAGCUCCAGUGGGAAUUCUUCUCCAGAAUACCCUCGGAAGGAACUUGGAUCUUCUUCCACCAGAGGACGGAGCCAGACUCGAGAGAGUGAAAUUCGUGUUCGCCUGCAAAGUGCUUCCCCAUCUACCAGAUGGACAGAAUUGGAUGAUGUGAAACGUUUGCUCAAGGGAAGCCGAUCAGCUAGUGCAAGUCCCACUCGGAACUCCUCCAACACACUUCCCAUCCCCAAGAAAGCUACUGUGGAAACCAAGAUGGUGACCGAGAGUUCUCAGUCAGUAUCAGGCACUUAUGACACGACUAUCGUGGAUACUAACCUUCCCUCCUACAUGUGGUCCUCUACCUUGCCUGCGGGUUCAUCCAUGGGAGCUUAUCACAACAACAUGACAGCCCAGAGUUCUUCCCUUCUCAAUACAAAUGCUUAUUCAACAGGAUCAGUGUUUGGUGUUCCCAACAAUAUGGCUUCCUGCUCACCCACUCUCCAUCCUGGGCUCAGCACCUGCUCCUCAGUGUUCGGUGUCCAAAAUAACUUGGCUCCCAGCUCCUCUGCUCUGGCCCACGGAACCACCACCACCACCACUUCUACAGUGUACGGUGUAAAGAAAAACACAACCCAGUCCCCUGCCGUUGUAAGUACAGGUGUGAGCACUUCUGCAGUAGGUACCCUCGGCUCCCACAGUGACGAUCUGUUACGCAAGGACUGCAAAUUCUUGCUGCUGGAGAAAGACAAUGCCCCAGCCAAGAAAGAGAUGGAGUUGCUUAUCAUGACCAAGGACAGCGGGAAGGUCUUCACUGCUUCCACCACUGGGCUCAGUACAACUUCAUUCUCAGAAGACACUUUGAAGAAAGACAAGCAAGCAAUCUCAUCCUCCUAUGCAUCUGACUCCUGUUUCAAGUCUGAAGCUAACGGAGGCCUGAAGGUCGCAUCCACCAAGGACAAAGCCACGUAUGCAGAAAUCCAGGGAGACGACCAUGUUUUUGGUGGUAAAGGAGGAGGAGGAGGAGGAGGAGGAGGAGGAGGCGGGGGAGCAGGAUUUGGGGCUGCCCCUGCCUGGUGUCCCUGUGGCUCCUGCUGUAGCUGGUGGAAGUGGCUACUGGGCCUGCUCCUGGCCUGGCUGUUACUUCUCGGAUUGCUUUUCGGACUCAUUGCUUUGGCGGAAGAGGUGAGGAAGCUGAGAGCUCGUGUGGAUGACCUGGAGAAGAUCAACACUAGCAUGUUUAAGCAUGAAGACCGGAUCAGCAAAGACCGAAGCUUCGCUGUCUCCCACGUCGGUGGGGGGACCGGGGAGCUGGACAGCCACAACCAGGAGGCUCUCUGGGCUUUUGUGAAAAGCAGGCUGCUGAUGGAACAGGAAAAAGGAAAUCUUCGAGGAAACCCUGGACCAAAAGGUGAUAUGGGAAUACAAGGUCCAAAAGGAGACCGGGGGCUUAUUGGAGUUCCAGGUGUCCCAGGGAUUAUGGGCCAUCCAGGCCCAGAAGGACCAAAGGGACAGAAAGGCAGUGUGGGGGAACCUGGCCUGGAGGGAAUCAAGGGUCAGAGAGGACAAGAAGGUCCAUCAGGGCCUCGUGGUGAACCAGGACCCCCUGGGUCUGGAGAGAAAGGAGACAGAGGUAUUCCUGGUAACCCAGGUCCUCACGGCCCCCCUGGUGUGCCUGGAUCUGUUGGUCCCAAAGGUUCCAUGGGUGCCCCUGGACCUCAGGGUCCUUCAGGUCCUUCUGGUAUCCAAGGCUUCAGAGGAGAAGCUGGUCUCCCUGGUGCCAAAGGUGAGAGAGGACCAAUGGGACCCCCAGGACCCAAAGGGGAUCCUGGCGAGAAAGGAUCUCGAGGUCUCACAGGAGAACCUGGCUUAAGAGGUCUUCCUGGUGCAACCGGUGAACCUGGGGCUAAAGGAGCAGUGGGUCCAGCUGGUCCAGAUGGACACCAAGGCCCAAGAGGUGAACAAGGAAUUACAGGGAUGCCUGGAAUCCGUGGUCCACCAGGACCGGCAGGAGAAGGAGGAAAACCAGGCCUCACAGGACCCCAAGGACCUCCAGGACUUCCUGGGACCCCAGGCCGAGCAGGGGCUAAAGGUGAUACAGGCACUCCAGGCAAGAUUGUUACUUCAGAGGGAACAUCAACAAUCACUGUUCCAGGGCCUCCAGGACCACCAGGAUCCAUGGGACCCCCAGGUCCACCUGGCCUUCCAGGACCUAUUGGCCCAGCUGGUCUCCCAGGACAGCAAGGUCCCCGAGGGGAGAGAGGCAUUCCAGGGGAAUCAAUAAUUGAAAGCAGUUCUUCUUCAGGGGUUGUUUCGGCUCCUCAUGCUGCUCAAUUGCAAGGACCCCCAGGACCCCCAGGACCUCCAGGACCACCAGGAGCUUCCAUCACAGGCCCUCCAGGACCUCGAGGUCCAGCAGGGGAAGGCCUACCAGGACCUCCUGGACCUCCUGGAAGUUUCCUUACAAACUCAGAAACCUUCUUCUCUGGUCCCCCUGGCCCACCUGGGCCCCCUGGCCCCAAGGGAGAUCAAGGUUCUCCUGGACCACGAGGAUACCAAGGGGACCCAGGCCUUCCAGGACUCUCUGUCUCAGGUUCAGACACUCUGGGAGUUGCUCUACAAGGCCCACCUGGCCCACCUGGUAUUCAGGGAGUUCCAGGGCCUAAGGGUGACAAAGGCGACCCUGGUGUCCCAGGUGCUCCUGGAAUCCCCGGAAGCCCCUCUCGAGGAGGAUCAUCAAGUUCUAGGGGACUCCCAGGCCCCCCUGGUCCCCCUGGCCCCCCCGGUUCCAUCAGCAGCUCCAGACGGGAGAUUCAGCAGUACAUCUCUGAUUACAUACAAAGUGACAGCAUCAGAAGUCACCUGUCGGGAAUUCAGGGUCCCCCUGGUCCUCCAGGGCCUCCAGGACCUGUCACCACCAUUAGUGGGGAAACUUUUGAUUACACUGAGCUGGCAAGUCGAGUCAUGAACUACGUAAGGAAUUCUGGGUACAAUUCAGGUUCCUUUUCCUCUAUUUCCUCUGAAGACAUCCUGCUUGUGUUGCAAAGAGAAGAAGUGCGCCAAUAUCUUCAGCAAUAUCUGAUGGGUCCUCGUGGACCUCCUGGAGCCGGUGGGGACGGGUUCCUACAGUCUCUGGACUAUGAAGAGCUGACCAACCGCAUCCUAAGCUACAUGAGAAGUUCUGGGAUUAGUGUCGGACUCCCAGGUCCUCCGGGUCCGCCGGGUCUCCCAGGAACUUCCUACCAGGAGCUACUGUCUCUGCUCCGAGGAUCUGAAUUCGGCGGCAUUGUGGGACCCCCUGGGCCCCCAGGACCCCCAGGACCUUCCGGCAACUCCUGGUCCAGCCUCAGUAUGGAAGAACUUUCCUCCUACCUGCAGAGCGCGGGCCUCUCCUCGGUCUCGGGCCCCCCGGGCCCCCCCGGGCCUCCAGGCCCGCGCGGGCCUCCCGGGGUUUCCGCGGCCCUGGCAACCUACGCGACCGAGAACAGCGACAGCUUCCGGAGCGAGCUCAUCAGCUACCUCACGAGUCCGGAUGUCCGGGCUUCAUCGUGGGACCUCCGGGCCCCCGAGCCUCCGGUGCGGGCGGGGCUUGCCGCUCAGGGCCCUCCAGGGAGACAGUCGGCUAGGGGAGCGGCGGGGGGCCGCCCUGCACGGAGGCGGCCCUUGGGCGGCCGGCCCCCGGCACCGGCGUGGGCCCUGGCAGGCGGAGCCUCGAGCCAGAGCCUCGCUGGGGAUCUGGACUACAACGAGCUGGCCGUGCGGGUGUCGGAGAGUCUGCAGCGUCAGGGUCUGCUACAAGGUAUGGCUUACACUGUGCAAGGACCUCCAGGCCAGCCUGGGCCCCAGGGCCCUCCCGGCAUCAGCCAAGUAUUUGCCACCUACAGCAAUGUGACUGAGGACCUCAUGGACUUCUUCCGAACCUAUGGAACAAUUCCAGGACCAAAGGGAGACACAGGGUUUCCAGGACCCAAAGGUGAAAGAGGACCAGCUGGUAAUCCUGGCAGACCCGGACCUCCAGGCCCCAGAGGACAAAAAGGAGACAAGGGAGAUAAAGGGGAACAAGUCUAUGUCGGCAGGAGGAGGAGGAGAAGCAUUGCUGUCAAACCAUGAAGACAGACUCAUUCAAUAUUAAAGCAUGCUGAGCUCGUUCCUGGAGCAAGGGUGGGCUAAAAGCCUACUAGCUUCCUUUUAGGACAUCUUAGUCAAACAACCAAAUAGUCUGGGUCAAGAAAUAUAAUAGUCUCAUAAUUUGAAAUGGCCUCACUGCUGCUGACUUUGGCUCUCAUGUAACAGCAUGUGGAUAAUUCCUGAGGCUGGAUAAACCUAAAGUAACAUUUUGGGGACUUUGUUGCUCCUUAGCCCCGGGCUCACAUUUAAUAGCCACUUGGGAGUUUACAACAAACACUUCCCAAGUACCAAUCAAGGGAAGUAAUGGACUCAAAUUAUCUUGUGCAUUUCAGUCAUGAUUCCAGGAAUUCUUUACCUUUGCUUUGCCUUAACUUUUAACUGGUUUUGAGUUCAAGAGACAGCGAGUCUUCUUUCUUGAAGUAGUUCUUGGUGGUGGGUGGCUUCACAGCUUUGUCCCAGUUAACAUGUCUAAAGUGUUUUGGGCUGUCCCCUGCCUGUGUUUCUAUUUGCUCUCCCUAGUCAAAGAGGAGAGCUAAGGAAAAUGGAUCCACUUAAGUUACUGGGAAGACUAGAAAGCCACAGAAUUCAAUUCUCCUCUAGGAGGAGAUACACAGUUAAGCAGGGUUUCCAAUUUUUAUUAUUUCUUUUGAAUACAUUGUGUUUUUACUUGAACAAGAAAAAGUAACAUAUAUUUGACUAUCAUCUGACACCAAACGUCUUAUCUUCAUUUCUAUGAGCUGUUGUUAAGUUUUUAAUACA